AUGCCACAGAAAGAUUACAGAAGUCAAACAAGCUGGGAGGGUGGUGUGGCCUCCAUGAUGCAAAACAGUCACAGUGGAGUAAACCAGCUGGGUGGUGUGUUUGUGAAUGGGAGGCCUUUACCUGAUUCUACCAGGCAGAAGAUAGUGGAGCUGGCACACAGUGGAGCUCGACCCUGUGACAUAUCCAGAAUUCUGCAGGUGUCUAACGGCUGUGUGAGUAAGAUCUUGGGCCGGUAUUACGAGACCGGUUCCAUCCGUCCUCGAGCAAUAGGAGGCAGUAAACCCAGAGUGGCGACUCAAGAAGUGGUGGGAAAGAUCGCACAGUACAAGAGAGAGUGUCCAUCCAUUUUCGCUUGGGAGAUCAGAGACCGACUGCUGGCAGAAGGGGUCUGCACCAACGACAAUAUACCCAGUGUUUCAUCAAUAAAUCGAGUGCUCAGGAACCUGACCAGUGACAAGCAGCAAAUGGGAACAGUAGUGGCUGAGGCGAUGUUUGAUAAACUCAAGAUGCUGAAUGGACAAACCAACUGGGGGGGGCGCUCAGGGUGGUACGCUGGAACUACACUCACUUCUACUGAGUGUCCACAGGCAGAAGGAGGGGAGAGCACCAUAUCAGUCAGUUCCAAUGGUGAAGACUCUGAGGAGACUCAGAUGAGGCUUCAACUGAAGCGAAAACUACAGAGAAACAGAACGUCUUUUACACAGGAUCAGAUAGAAGCACUGGAGAAAGAAUUUGAAAGGACACACUAUCCAGAUGUGUUUGCUCGAGAGCGCCUUGCCAAUAAAAUAGACCUUCCUGAGGCAAGAAUACAGGUCUGGUUUUCCAACAGACGGGCAAAGUGGAGAAGAGAAGAGAAGCUGAGAAACCAACGACGUCAGGUGUCCAACUCCUCCAGCCACAUCCCCAUCAGCAGCAGCUUCAACACCAGUGUUUACCAGCCUCUACCACAGCCUACUACACCAGUGUCCUUCUCAUCAGGAUCAGUGUUGGGAAGGCCUGAUCCACUUCUGUCCAACAGCUACAGCAUACCAGCUAUGCCUAGCUUCAGUAUGGCUGCCAGCCUGCCGAUGCAAGCAUCCAGCCAGACCUCUUAUUCCUGCAUGCUGCCCACCAGUCCCAGUGUAAAUGGAAGAAGUUAUGAGACAUAUACCCCUCCACACAUGCAUCCACACAUCAACAGCCAGUCAAUGACAUCCUCUGCAACGUCCUCAACAGGUUUGAUUUCCCCUGGUGUCUCAGUUCCAGUCCAAGUUCCAGGAAGUGAAGCAGACAUGUCACAUUACUGGCCACGCCUGCAGUGA